AUGACAAUUGCACCGACUACAGAGAUGAAUCACAACAGAAAGACUGCUUGGUCUGGGAAGGUUCUCAUCCCGAUGUGGACCAUGCAGAUAUUGGCGACAUUGACAACCAUCGCCGGCUACAUCUUGUUCCUGUCACACUACGACAUCUACAACUCCUGGGCGUAUUACGACGAUUAUACAGUUCGGAGUCGUGCGACAUUCGCAUACAUCUCAGCAGUCAUCCUCAUCAUACUAUGGUUCAUCGCUCUAUUCAUAAUAAUCUUUGAGAUUGUCAGGUUCCACAAGAAGAACUUGCCUGCCAAAACAAUGCUCACAACACAAAUCAUCCUGAGCGUCUUUUCUUCGAUCGCCUUCAUCAUCGAGAUGCUUGGGCUUUUUGCAAUCAUCUAUGGCGGAUACAAGUCAUUGUUGGACUGGGUUGGCACGAUCAUUGCCACGCGAAAGCUGUCAAAGAGAGAGUCGAAGCAAUCGUAUGGCAUGACUGCUUUGGACGAGGAAACCGGCCAGAGCAAGGGCGACCAGAUUUGA